GAAUUUGCCCUUUUAUGUUUGUUCGCGUUUCCGUUUCAAGUGUUUGCGAGAGAAUGGAGUUCCUGGACGAGGACGCAAGGCCAAGGUUCGUGUUCCAGUCCGGUGCAGCUGCGAGGAGCAGCGAGCCACCGCACCCGAUCCACAAACCUACCAAGCCAUUCCUCUUCGCCACCGUUUCCCUCUCCUCACUCUUCCUCACUCUCUCCCUCUUCUUCCUCGAAGCGGAGCCCUUCAAAUCGCUCCUCUUCUGGCUCGCACUCUCUCUCCUCGUUGGCCCCUUCGCCCCUCCCUCCAUCACUGGCGGCGACGUCCGCGUCGGCCGCGGCGAGGUCGUCAACUUCCCCGAUCCGGAGCCCGAGCCCGACGAGGACGCCAGUAGGAAGUCCUCACAACGGCGAUCCAGACAGCGGAGGGCCGAGGAAGCCGCCGCCGUAGGCCCGGUGGUUUCCGUCAGCGCGGCGGAGAAGAGAAAAGAAUCUUCUGGAAUCGAGAAGCGUGCGACGGUGGUGGAGGAGGAGAAGGGGUGGAGCGAGGAGGAUGUGGAGGUGCUGAAGAAGCAGAUGGUGAAGAAUCCGGUGGGGAAGCCAGGGAGGUGGGAGGCGAUAGCGGCGGCGUUCGGGGGGAGGCACGGAGUGGACAGUGUGAUAAAGAAAGCGAAGGAAUUGGGAGAGAAGAGAGUGGAUGAUUCGGAGUCGUAUGCGUUGUUUUUGAAGAAGAGGAAAGCGUUGGAUAAGAGGGUUGUGGAGGAGAAUGCGGAUGAGGGUGAGAAAGUUGUUGAUAAUGGUUGGAGUUCUGCUGAGGAUAUCGCGUUGCUGAAUGCUUUGAAAGCGUUUCCUAAGGAAGUUUCCAUGAGGUGGGAAAAGGUUGCUGCUGCGGUUCCCGGGAGAUCCAAGGCUGCUUGCAUUAAAAGAUUCGCCGAAUUGAAGAAAGGGUUUCGGACUGCAAAAGCUGCAGCCGAGUGAGCACUGAACACUCUCAAAGGGAUCAUUUUUUUGUUUGAUUUUGAUAUGUUAAGGUAAAUGGAUUCAUCGACUUGUAACUUAAACAUAAUUUUUUGUUUCUAGCUAUUUUGAGUUAUGAUUUAUGUUGGCCUCCUUCUAGGUGACACUCAAAUUGUGGUUGUGUAACUUUAUAAAAUGCAAUGAACCGAUCGAGAUUGUGUAUUCGGGAUCUCUUAUAGUGCGAAUAAAUAUUUAAUAUUUCGACUUGAA